AUGGCGUUCGGCAGACGGAGCCCCGGGUCCUCGCGGCACCCUCCCGCGCUCACCAUCGUCACGGCGCUACUCUUCGCCUUCCUCUCCUCCGCCGCGGCGGCGGCGUCAUCGUCCACCGACGCGAUGCACAACAACAACUGGGCCGUGCUCGUGUGCACCUCCCGCUUCUGGUUUAAUUAUCGACACAUGGCGAAUACAUUGUCCCUUUACAGGACUGUUAAGAGAUUAGGAAUACCCGAUGAGCGAAUCAUACUUAUGUUGGCGGACGAUAUGGCCUGUAACCCUAGGAACAGCUAUCCUGCCCAAGUUUUCAAUAAUGAGAACCACCAGCUAAAUCUCUAUGGUGACAAUGUUGAGGUCGAUUAUCGAGGGUAUGAGGUGACAGUUGAAAAUUUCUUGAGAGUUUUGACUGGUCGACAUGAAAGUGCUGUACCAAGAUCGAAGCGUCUCCUUAGUGAUGAAGGAAGUCAUAUACUUUUGUACAUGACUGGACAUGGUGGUGAUGAAUUUUUGAAGUUCCAAGAUUCUGAAGAGCUUCAGAGCCAUGACUUAGCAGAUGCUGUGAAGCAAAUGAAGGAGAAGCAUAGAUUUAAAGAGCUGCUGAUAAUGGUAGAUACCUGCCAAGCUGCUACUCUCUUUUCGCAGCUUCAAUCACCUGGUGUUUUGGCGAUUGGUAGUAGCAUGAAGGGUGAAAACUCAUAUUCCCACCAUCUUGAUUCAGAUAUAGGUGUUUCUGUUGUGGAUAGGUUUACCUACUAUACACUUGCUUUCUUUGAGAAACUGAACAUGUAUAGCAAUGCCUCACUGAACAGUCUUUUCACCUCAUACAAUCCUUCCAUGCUGAUGUCUACUGCGUAUUAUCGAAUGGAUCUUUAUGAGCGGCCCUUAAAUGAGGUGCCUGUCACAAAUUUCUUUGGAUCAGUCAUGAAGACUCUCCACACAGAUUCAGCCUACACAGGUUUCUUGGCUGCACAUGACUAUGAAACUCCCUUGUCCGUCGGAGAUAAUCUUGAUGAUCAUUUCAUGUUAAAGGACAGAGCUACCCCAAGAAGAUCAAACAUAGAAAAGGAGGCACAAUUAACGCCUCAUGGAUGGACUGAAGUUCUGCUUGAACAGCUGGAGGGAAAGAAUACUGACACUGUUGUGAUGUAUGGUUUGGGAGCUAUGGGUAUAUUGUUGGCACUUUCAACUUGGUUAUCAAUGUAG